CAUAUCUGGAGGUUAAAGUUGAAAGGUCAUGUUGUCAAGUUUGCCUCAGCCUUCAAUAAACAUGGCGGAGACUGACCAGCAGUCAGGUGCCCCUGCAGAAGAUGACAGUCCUGCUGCUUAUGCCAACUUCAACUUCCAACUGCCGAAGAAGCAGAUCAGCAUGGUGCCUGACAUGGGCAAAUGGAAGAGGUCUCAGGCGUAUGCGGAUUACAUAGGUUUCAUUCUGACUCUGAACGAGGCGGUGAAAGGCAAGCAGCUCACGUGUGCAUACCCAUGUUCAGAGACAGUGAAGAAGUUGCUGUCACUCCUGGGAACCUUAGAUCGCUGGAUAGAUGAGACCCCCCCUGUGGACCAGCCCUCCCGCUUUGGCAAUAAGGCUUAUCGCACCUGGUACGCCAAACUAGACCAGGAGGCCGAGACUCUGGUCUCCGAUAUUCUACCGUCUAACCUCAGCGCUGCAGCUCCAGAGAUUGCUGUGUACCUGAAAGAAGCUGUGGGAAACUCCACCAGGAUUGACUAUGGCACAGGUCAUGAAGCUGCCUUUGCUGCGUUCCUCUGCUGUCUUUGCAAAGUUGGGGCUCUCCGGGUGGAAGACCAGUUGGCGAUAAUUUUUAAAGUCUUUGACAGGUAUCUCCAAGUGAUGCGGAAACUGCAGAAGACCUACAGAAUGGAGCCAGCGGGGAGCCAAGGAGUGUGGGGGCUCGACGACUUCCAGUUCCUACCCUUCAUAUGGGGCAGCUCUCAACUCAUAGACCACCCCACCCUGGAGCCCCGGCACUUUGUGGAGGAGAAGGUGGUGAAUGAGCACCACCAGGACUACAUGUUCCUGGAAUGCAUCAAGUUCAUCAACGAGAUGAAAACAGGACCCUUUGCUGAGCACUCCAACCAGCUCUGGAACAUCAGUGCUGUGCCCACCUGGGCCAAAGUCAACCAAGGCCUGAUACGAAUGUACAAAGCUGAAUGUCUAGAGAAGUUCCCUGUCAUCCAGCACUUCAAGUUUGGCAGCCUGCUUUCCAUCCAGCCUGUGAAACCGUGAAUGACUGCAGGAAGAGCCAAUCAGAGAGCACAACCAAAGCUCAACCUCAGAACAAACUACCCACCCCCCACCACCUCCACAAUCACAAGGCCCAAUAUUUACCUACUGCUCAAACUAAUAGAUGUGCCUACAUUCGAAAUCCUUCUUCAAUACCAAGUCAACAUGGCUGUUACUCAGUUAAAAGAUGAAUUUCUUAUAGAUGUAUUUUCUAUGUUCCCCCAAGCUGGAAAUCGAAAGAAUCAGUUUAUGGUGUUCUAGGCCGAACUAUAGCCCAUGACGCAAUAAUAAUUAUGUGCAUUUUCAUGAUCUACAACAUUCAUAUUUAUUUAUGUAAAUACAUAUGAGGAGUAAAGCUUGCCUAAAUCUAGAUACAGGCUUGGGUUUGGUUUGACAUGUGGGAAACAAAAGCCGGUUUAUUAAUAUCCCUUUCAUUUAGAUUGUGUAAUGAUAUUUGACAAAUGGAUGCUUAGAGUUGCGUGUGCAUUUAUCUCGAAAACGAGUGUUUAGCGUGGCUUUAUUGACUUGGUCAUUGUUUGUCAAAGUUGCUGGACCCUUCUUUUGCUGUGAAUGCGAGUUCGUUUUGCACCGAUGUCAUUUCGUCACUGUACGCCAUUAAUAACCCGUUGACCAUUUUAAUCUUAAUGUAAUGUUUUAUUUUUGCUGCGGUUGAAUUCAUACUGCUAAUCGUCUAGGCAGUACGACCAAGAAACACCUGGGGGGAAAAAGGUAUACAGAGAAUGUGUGUCGUAGUCUUCCAUUCGAAAACGAGACAUUUGAUUCACAUAAAGCAGCGCUGGAGGAAGCACACUUGAUGACAACCAGGUUUCAUAUGUAAAUAAAUGGCUUUAAAUUGG